GGCAUCCGUCGUCCGUUUUCUCAACUAUCGUGUUCCUCUCGGUAGGAAAAUCUCUUUAGAAGCUUCACAACGAUAAGGCUAAAAUGGCAAAAUGGAUAUACCAUGCUUCUAAAGUAAUUACAAAUUAUGUAAAAAGUACCAGCGUUGCGAGUAAUGCUACCAUCAGUGGUUUAUUGACACCGCAGAUUUUAUUAUCGCAACAUGCAAGGAAUACUAGCUUUUAUAUGAGAAGACCAGCUACGCAAUUAUGGAAAUCUGUUACAAGCGUUAGUAAUGCUGGUAAAAGAAGAGGAAGAGGAAAAGGUGGUAUAAAGCCCAGAGAUUUAAAUCGUGGUCAAAAAUUGGGUUAUGGAAAAAUACCGUUCGUAUUUCCUGGAUUGAAUGCCCCUGUCAUGCACGGAGAAUAUGCGAUUCAACAAAGACGUCUUACGCCGGAAGAACAAAAUAAUCUUGAUACCGCGCCAGUUAAUACUCUAUUCAAAACAAAACGAUUCAAAAUUCACCCUUUAAACCGAGGUUGGACUGGAAGUCAGCCUGGUGGAAGGAAAAUCGGACCACCAGAUCCUAUCGAUGGCGAUAUUUUCCAUGGAUUCGAAUCUUGGAUAUUAGUUGCUAAAAGUUCAUCCAUUAUGACCAGUAGUAUGGGUAGAGCAAAACGUUGUUGCGGUAUGGUUAUUACUGGAAAUGGAAAAGGCUUGGCUGGAUUUGCACAGGUAACAGGACGUGAAUUUAAAUCAACCAUAAAUACAGCUAAAAACAGGGCAGGACUUAGAUUGAUGUACAUCGAAAGACGUAACGAACAUACCGUACUCCAUGACUUUUAUGGACAAUUUGGAAAAACGAAAGUAUUCGUACAACAAAGAGAGAAGGGUUAUGGACUGAAAUGUCAUCGUGCUAUUAGAACAUGUUGCGAAGCAAUUGGUAUCAAAGAUUUGUACGCUAAAGUCGAAGGAUCUAAAAACGUGGCUUACAUCGUAAAAGCUUUCUUCGUCGGCUUACUGCAACAGAAAACGUACGAAGAAAUGGCAAAUGAUAAAAAAUUGCAUUUGGUCGAAAUGAGGAAAGAAAAUAAUUAUUUUCCUACUGUACUUGCUUCGCCAUCGAUAGUCCGAACCUCUCAAGAAAUUCCACAAGACGAAAUUUUAGAUUUUAAACAGUACAUAAUGAAUGGAAGAAUUCCUUUGCAGAAAAAAAAGCCUGCACCAUUUUUCACGAAAUUACCUUCGUGGUUAUUUCAUUUACGUAAACAAGAACGUCGCAGGGAUCAGGAUCAGGUUGUAAUCAGAUUAAGAGCUCAAUAUGACGACGUGUGUAGUUUUCUCGCUGAAAAAUAUCCGGAAGCAAGAGCUCCUAAAUGGAAAAAACAUGAUAAAAAGGAGGAGGAAAGCGCAGUUGAAGCGUGAUAUUUCUGUAAUAAAUAUGAAUAGUUCAUUAGAAACAUAAUCGAACGUUAAAUGUGUAUUCGGUAAUAAUCAGUAAUAACAAAAGUA